AUGAUUCGCGACCCGUUCGACAUCCACCGAAAGAACCUCUUCCAAAUCACAGCACGGCGUGCUGCCGAAAACAUACGAGAUACGGCAGCCCAGUUCGGCACCAAUGCGCUGAAGAUGCCUUUUUCGAUACCAAAAAACGUCCCCAACUUUGAGGAUCCGCACCGCCGCCUCGAGGACAAGGCAUGGUCCAAGGUCUCGGGCCGCGGCGGCGGCCUGCUGUCCGACGUCCAGCAGCGCGUCAACGGCAUGUUCGAAUCGGACGAGCUGCCCAUGUACAAGGACAAGCCAUACUACCACGACCGCGGUCGACACAGACGCUGGUAUCGAAAGAAGCGCGUCGUCGGCUCGCUGGCCCUCGUCCUCGUGAUCCUCUUCCACAUCCUAGGCUGGCUGCCCUGGCAGUCGUCGCGGCCCAAGGCGGCGCGCGGCAAAUCUGCGUGGGGCUUCAUGGGAAUCUCCAAGAACGAGGUGGUCAACUGGGACCACAGACGGGCGCAAGUGGUGGAAGCUUUUGAGCUCAGCUGGGACGCCUACGAGCGCUACGCCUGGGGCUACGAUGAAUUCCACCCAAUCUCGAAGUCCGGAAAAUACAUGGCUCCCAAGGGCAUGGGCUGGAUCAUCGUCGACUCGCUCGACACAAUGAUGCUCAUGAACCUGACGUCACGCCUCGAGCACGCCAGAGAAUGGAUCUCGAAUUCGCUGACUUGGGACCAGCAUCAAGACGUCAACACAUUUGAGACGACAAUUCGAAUGCUUGGUGGUCUGCUCUCCGCCCACUACCUCUCGACAGAAUUCCCCGAACUCGCACCGAUCAAAGAAGAUGAUCCUGGCAAGCCCGGCGAGGACCUGUACCUGGAAAAGGCUGCCGACUUGGCAGGCCGCCUCUUGGGAGCGUUCAACACGCCAUCAGGUAUUCCUUAUGCCAGUGUCCAGCUUGAUGACUCCAAGGGCAUCCCGUCGCAUGGUGACAUGGGCGCCAGUUCCACGGCCGAGGCAACCACGCUGCAGCUCGAGUUCAAGUACCUCGCCAAGCUGACAGGAGAAACGAACUACUGGGAGAUUGUCGAAAAGGUCAUGUCAGUCAUAGACGACAACAACAUGCCAGAUGGACUGAUGCCCAUCUACAUCUACCCUGCCAACGGUGAGUUCCGCGGCGAAAAUAUUCGUCUGGGAAGCCGAGGCGAUUCGUACUACGAGUACCUCAUCAAGCAGUACCUGCAAACCAAUAAGAAAGAAAAAGUCUACCUUGACAUGUGGAAGGAGUCCAUGGCCGGUAUUCGCAAGCACCUGUUGACCUACACGGAACCCUCCGGCUUCACCAUUGUGGGAGAGCGGCCCAACGGCCUCAAGGGCGAUUUGCUGCCCAAGAUGGACCACCUGGUGUGCUUCCUACCAGGCACCAUUGCACUCGCCGCCACCGAGGGCCUCACCGAGGCCGAGGCGCGUAAGCUGCCCACGUGGACCAAGCAGCACGACGAAGACAUGAAGUUUGCGCGGGAGCUGAUGCAGACGUGCUGGGGCAUGUACAAGUACAUGGCCACAGGCCUGUCGGCCGAAAUCACAUUCUUCAACAUUGCCAACCCGCCCGCCGCGCCCGACGCGCCCCGACCGCACCAGCCGCCCGCCGAGUUUGACGAAGACCCCAAGGCGCGCUGGCGCCAGGACUACAGCGUCAAGUCCAACGAUGCUCACAACCUGCAGCGCCCCGAGACGGUCGAGAGCCUAUUUUACAUGUGGCGCAUCACGGGCGACGUCAAGUACCGCGAGUGGGGCUGGGAAAUGUUCACGUCGUUUAUGAACUACACGGCCGUGGAGGAGCAGGGCGGCUUCACGAGCCUGGACGACGCCAAUGUCAUUCCGCCGCGCGUGAGAGACAACAUGGAGAGCUUCUGGCUGGCCGAGACGCUCAAGUACUUGUUCCUCUUGUUCUCGGACAACAGCCUGAUGCCGCUGGACAAGGUUGUGCUCAACACGGAGGCGCACCCGUUCCCGCGGUUUGACAUGGGCGACUUGUUCUCGACGGGCUGGCAGCGCAAGGCUCGCGAUGCGGAGGGGAAUAUUAUUGGCCAGGUAAAGGCGACGCCGACGGCGGAAUGA